AUGCGUCAUAUAUUGCUAUUGUGCUCCAGAUUGCUGUUAAUUUGCGCAGGGCUCGCGGGCAGCGUGGCGGCCACAUGGACCUCGCUUGGUGGUCGGAGAGACGUCACAACAGGAGACAUGGCCGAGUGUCGGUACAUACAUGGAGGGUGCUUUCCAUGGUACGGCGGUGCCUGGAAAUCAGCCAUGGCAACGCGCGCGCGCAGAAGGAAGAAGCGGGCUGGCGUGGGCUGGCGUUGA